UUAUCGGUUUUAAUUUCUAUCUCGCGUUUAAGAUGAUCAUCACAGCGGGGGGUUAUCGCUCACGCACAUUAAGAACGAUAUUUUGAAGAUUAAUAAACACACAUAAUAUUGUAGUCAAGAGUAUUUUCGAUUUUAAAAAAUAUUUUGUAUAAUUUUAGUUGCUUCCAUUUUAGUAGCUGAUAAGCGUUCAGACUUCAAGUAUCUCAUUACUGCAUUUGGUACCGCUUAAAUAGUGAAUUUAAAUAAAAAUGAAUAAAUUACAAAAUUAUUUUGUCUCUGUUACUAGACAAUUAACUGGCGUUAGUAAAUCACAAUUUCAAAUUAAAAAUUAUCCAUUGGCAGCUGUUCAAAAUAAUCGCUCUUAUUCCGCUGAAUCCAAAACUCCGGAACGGACUGCUUUAUAUGAUUUCCACGUAAAAAAUAAUGGCAAAAUUGUGAAUUUUGGUGGUUAUGCCUUGCCGGUUCAGUACGCAGAUCAGAGCAUCAAGGCAUCACACUUACAUACUCGCAAAUUUGGCUCAAUAUUCGAUGUAUCUCAUAUGCUGCAAACUUAUGUACAUGGUAAGCAUUGCAUUUCGUGCAUUGAAUCGAUUUGCACGGCGGACUUGAAAGGCAUCAAAAAGAAUGGUCGUGGUACUUUAACUGUAUUUACUAAUGAAAAUGGAGGCAUACUGGAUGAUCUAAUUAUAAUGAAAUUAAGUGAUGAGUGCCUGUAUAUCGUAUCGAACGCAGCAAUGAAGGAACAGGAUAUGCAAAUAAUGGAAAAUGCAGUUUCUAAUUACAAAUCGGACCGUCGUGAUGUUAGCAUAGAGUUUCUAACUCCUACAGAUCAAUCACUGAUAGCUGUACAAGGCCCCACAGCUGUUGCGGCAAUUGCAAAACUCUUGCCAAAAAAUAUUAACAUGGAUGAGGUCAAAUUUAUGGAGACAUUUAACAGUGAAUUAGCAGGCAUACCAAACUGUCGUAUCACACGUUGUGGUUACACAGGUGAAGACGGUAUAGAGAUAUCUGUUCCAUCAACACAUGUACAGCAAUUAACUGAAGCUCUUCUAAAUAGCAACACGGAGGCACAACUUAAGUUGGCAGGAUUAGGCGCACGUGAUUCUUUGCGUCUCGAAGCAGGUCUUUGUUUAUAUGGUAAAGAUAUUAAUAAUAAAACUACACCUAUCGAAGCGGAUCUAACAUGGCUAGUAGCCAAACGUCGCCGUGCUGAAUUAAAUUAUCCAGGCGCGCACACAGUACAAAAUCAAAUUGCCACAGGCGUUUCCAAGCGUCGUGCUGGAUUGUUGAUGUUAGGUGGUUCAGAUACGCCACCAGCACGCACUGAUGCCCAAAUAUACCAUAAUGAGGAAUUAAUUGGCCAAGUUACCAGCGGCUGUCCAAGUCCGAGUUUGUGUAAAAAUGUUGCCAUGGGUUACAUUGAUAAUCAGUUCGCAGCUGCAGGCACAAAUGUGCAGUUGAAGAUUCGAAACAAAUUGUAUGCGGCUGAGGUUGUGAAAAUGCCAUUCAUAAAAACAAAUUAUUUUGUAAAAUCAAAGAAAUAA